AUGUUGGCCACUCCGGGCGUCGGGGUUGGCCUGCAUCCACAUGUGCCGAGCCAUCGCCGGUUUUGGCGCUUUUGGUCACCGCCAGAGCACUGCACGCAGGAUCUGGCGAGCGUCUUUUGCUGCGCAUGCGUCGUGCAUCAUCGCCAGAGUCGCCGCACUGUGGCCAUGGCUCCCCAGAAAGCCGCCGGUGAGGUCCAGAUAGAGACGGAUCGCCAGAAGCAGCUGCGAGCACUGGGGGUGGCAGUGCUGCUUUGCGGCGCCAGCGGAUGCUUUCACACUUUGCCGGUGUUUAUCGACAGCAAGCUUGCAACCGAUCCACAGCUGCCCGGCCUCACCGCCGCCACAUUGCCCUGGAGCGCCACCGCGCUGUUUGCCGGCUGGCUGGUGGGCUCUGUGACACUGCGUCAGGCCCUUGAGGUCUUUACCAAAGCUCAAUUCCUCGCCGCCUCCUCUGUUGGUUUGCUGCUGUGCACGCUGGCUACGGUCACCCUUCCCCACCUUACUGGUGGCAGCAUCUACGUGCUCUCUGCCGUGCGCUUUGUCACCGGCCUCCUAUUUGCCACUGGCCCGGUCGGCAAUCUUUAUGUUCAAGACUGCUUGCCGGCCAGCCAGCGCAAUCAGGCCAUGGCGUUCAUCAAUACGGCCUAUUCGAUUAUCGCUAUCGCAAUGGCGAUCUUCUGCGGAGCCACUCAGUCGCUGGAUUGGCGUCUCGACGCACUUCUGUGGUGCGGUUUGCCGCCACUCCUCGCAAUCGCCGUGUGCUUUCAGUCGCCAGUGGAACUGCUCCGCUCUCUCCCAACAGCGAUGUCCAAGCGCAGCGCGCAAGAGUCGGAAUCCAGCGGAAUGUCCGGCCCAGAAAUCUCAGGUGCAAUCAAGCUGGCGACGUGCUUUUUAGCCUGUGGCUGUGGCUCCUAUGGUCUCAGCUACUCCGCGGGAAAGCUGUCCGAGAACCUCUACACCAACUCUGUGUUGCUGAACGGGGCUGAUAUCCUGGGCUAUGUGGCGGUGCUUGGGGCUGACGUCCUGGGCCGGAAAGCUUUCCAAAGUGGUAGCUUCUUCCUGGCCGCCGUAUGCCUGCUUUUCUGCGCAGUGCUGCAGCCCGGCUGGAACCUCAUCGCUUGCGCGAUGGUGGGGCGGAUCUGUCUCAAUGUCUGUUUCACGACUAUUUAUGUAGCACUGGCCACGGUCUUUCCGGAAUCGAGCCAGAAGAAUGUGCUGCCACUGUGCCAGAUCACUGCGCGUGUGGGUGGCAUCCUCGCCCCCAUGUCUGGGACCCUCCCGGCUGCAGUGUCUUGUCCAGCCUUCGGCAGUUUGUGCAUGCUCGCAGUAGUAGCCACGCUGACCCUCCCAGAGAGGAUCGGGGAGGUGCACCUCGCCAGACUUCCGCCCGCAUACAUCGCCGUGAGUGGCACGGAGGUCCUGGCAGGUGACAGCAUCAUCUUCGCCCAGCGAGCUGCCGAGCACGGGGCAAGAGUCUACCUAGACAUCUUCCCGGGCAUGUGGCAUGGCUUCCAGCAGUAUCUCGAAGGCCCGCACCCGGAAGAUAUGUGUUGA